UCUACGAUUCUGAACCUUAGAUAGUUCCCGGUUUCACUAAUUUUCCGCUAUCAUCGUCCUCCAUGGACAUUUGAUGGACAUGUUUCAUUGGCACAUCCCCGUGAAAAUCGAGGACUAUUGUAUUUAUAGUUCUGUCACUCCGUACAAUCUUGUCUGUAAUUCCACGCCGCCAUAUUAGGUUGAUAUCUUUUGUGAAGACUUCAUGCGACCAAGUGGAACAAGAGUAAUUCCAAGUCCGCGAGAGCACAUGGCUCCACAAGUCUGACGGCAGCCGGAACCUCUGUCUCCUCUUCCCUGGAAAUUCGGAUGACAAAAAAUUGCAUGGCCACUAUUAGCACUGAUUAACAAAGAAUGCAGGCGAAAGGACUUCUCAUUUAACAGACUCCAUUUGUUUCACUAUACGCACUCUGACUCUCUGAGUUACCACCGCGCCGCCUAAUGAGCGCAUUACAGGUCGAAAAUCUCUUUGCAGUCGCAGGGAAGGUAGUUCUCGUGACCGGAGGCUCUCGUGGGAUUGGGAAAAUGAUUGCCUCCGCAUUUGUUAGGAACGGUGCUAAGGUUUAUAUCUCGGCCCGUUCUGUGAAGGAAUGCCAGGCCACCGUAAAGGAACUCGGAGCAAGUGGCCCAGGCUCAUGCACUGCGAUCCCAGCAGACAUGUCCAAAUUCUCUGAAGUGGAGCGGUUUGUGCAGGAACUUUCCGCACGUGAAACUGUUCUCAAUGUCCUCAUCAAUAACGCGGGGACGACAUGGGCAGAACCUAUCGACGAAUACCCAGACGAGGGUUUUUCAAAGGUCCUCACUCUGAACCUGCAACGCGUCUUCACCUUGAUGCAAAAGCUAUUACCGUUACUGCGUGCAGGGGCAGCUCAAGGUGGUAAGACAGGGGUCGUAUAUAACGACCCAGCGCGUAUCAUCAACAUUGGCUCGGUGGAGGGAAUUGGUGUGCCCGACCAUGACACAUAUGCCUAUGCUGCUGCCAAAGCUGGUCUGCACCAUCUUAGUCGGCACCUCGCAGGCCGACUUGGGCCCGAGGGCAUUGUUAGCAAUACCAUUGCCUGUGGCGCAUUUCAAAGCAAGAUGACGGCACAAUUUCUCGAAACUGUGGGAAACGUCAUUAUCAACCAGGUUCCAACGAAUCGCCUUGGCACGCCCGAGGACGUCGCAGGAACCACGUUGUUCUUGGCUAGCAGGGCUGGUGCGUACGUGAAUGGUGCGACCAUUGCCCUUGAUGGUGGCUUUCUGGUCAACAUGCCGAUGAGCAAGCUGUAAGAGGGAGUCCAAUGUUAGCUUUAUCAUAUCGCACCCAGGAACAAUAUUCCUCAGUAACUUAUCACAUGCGGCUUGGCGGAA